AUGGUUGAGAAGCCCAUCGAUGAUAUUCUUGUCUCUGGACUUUUGCAUCAUCGCAGAGUCAUAAAUCAGCCCAAAACACUUCAUUUUGUUGGGGGAGAUUUUAAUGCCAUUACUAAUGGAGAUGAAAGGUUGGGAGGUGCACCAGUUACAGGAGCUGACACUGAAGAUUUUCAGCAAUUUAUUUCCUCUAGUCAACUAGUGCAUAUCAAGACCACUGGGUGCUUCUAUACAUGGAACAACAAACAAGAAGCUGAAAGUAGAAUCUGGAGUAGAUUAGAUAGAGUUUUGAUCAAUGAGUUAUGGAUCAUGCAAUAUACAUCAAGUCAGGCAGAUUUUUUACAACCAGUCUGUUCUGAUCAUUCCCCAGCUCUUCUUACAGUUGGAGAUGAUGAUUUUCAGGGCAAGAAGCCAUUCAAAUUCUAUAAAAUGUGGACUAAGCACACUGAAUACCUCCCUUUAGUCAGAUCUAUUUGGCAGCAGGAAGUGCAAGGUUAUUAUAUGUACAAACUGUCCUUCAAGAUGAAAAUGCUCAAACCUGCACUCAAAGAAUUAAAUAGAAGACAUUUCAUGAAUAUCAGUGAACAGGUAUUAAGAGCCAAACAGGAGCUAACUGAUAUUCAAAAUAGGAUCAGCACUGAUCUAUUCAACUCUCACCUCAUCUCCAAAGAAAAAGAUUGCUUAAAGAAAUAUACCAAUCUGCUUCAAUGUGAAGAAUCUUUUUAUAGACAGAAAGCAAGCAUUAAAUGGGCUAUUCAAGGAGACAAAUCCUCUCACUUCUUCCAUUCAGCCAUGAAAUAG